AGUCAUAUCUAGGCAAAUUAAACAUUAGCAUAUUUUGUUUUUGGUGUAAAUGCCCGAGCAAAACAUUAUUCACAAUUGAUAACCAACAAGUUGCUCGAUCAUAUCCAAUCUAGUUUUUCCUUGAAGAAUGACUAAAUCCCAGCCGCUGCUUUCCCUUUUGCUCUUCAUCUUCAUCUCGGGAACCAUUUCCCAAUCAAUCAUUCAACUCUCCAGAGACCACGACGUUUACUGCAACAGCUGGAGGUUCUCUGUGGAAACAAACGACGUUGGGUACUGGGAUCAUGUGCCUUCCAGAUGCGUGUCCUACGUGCAAGACUACAUGACAGGGGAUGGGUACCGCUCCGACAGUGAGGUUGCUGCCUCCUACGCGCUUGGCUUCGCUAAGACGGUAGAGAUUGCGGGCGAUGGGAAGGAUGCUUGGGUCUUUGAUGUCGAUGAGACUCUGCUAUCCAAUCUGCCCUACUAUGCUGUACAUGGAUUCGGAUCUGAACCCUUUGAUGAAUUAUCUUUUGACGAGUGGGUGGAUUUAGCUGAGGCACCUGCUUUACAAGCAAGUCUGAAUUUGUACAAGGAGCUAAAGCAACUGGGAUUCACUGUAUUUAUGCUAACCGGGCGAAGUGAACAUCAAAGGAAUGCCACUGUGAAAAAUCUUCGAUUGGAAGGAUACAGUGACUGGGAAAGGCUGAUUUUGAGGGAGAGCUCAGAUCAGGGAAAACCAGCGACAUUUUACAAAUCCCAGAGGAGAUUGGAGUUGGUAAAUGAAGGAUACAGGAUUCAUGGGAACUCCGGUGAUCAGUGGAGUGACUUGUAUGGCUUUGCUGUUUCAGAGAGGUCCUUUAAACUCCCAAAUCCACUAUAUUACAUUCCAUAACAAAAGAUGACCACUGGGCAAUUGGGUUAUGUGAUAUGAUGACGUUGUAUUUCUUAGCUGAAUGCUGAUAUUCUUUCAUAUCAGAAGAGCCCAGCUGCACUAUUCAAACAAGAUUGGAAUUAAAACACAAAGCAAAAUAAUGGGAUAUUAUGGAACUGAAAAUACCAUAUGUAUGAAACUACUAGCUACAUUACGUUCUA